AUGGGUGAUACACAAAGUCGGCGGCAGGCGUACCAGGUCGAGCGCGAGGAGCAAAGGUCGAGUAGGAGUAGGUCCCCGGAGCUACAAUUGUUGGCCUCACCGCUAGUGUCAACCGCGGGAUCCAUGGGACCGACGGUGUCCCCCAUGGUAUCGCCGGGGUACACCGAGGCGGAAAGUGACCUAGAAUUGGUGAGCUGGGAGCCGGCGCCACGGAGAGAACGCGCACGCGAGGCGAAGGUCGAGGAGCCCCGGACUAGCAGACGCGAGGAGCCCCACACCAAGCGCGAGGAGCCCCGGACCAGCAGUAGCAAGGAGCCCCGCACCAGCAAGCGCGAGGGGCCCCGCACCAGCAAGCGCGAGGAGCCCCACACCGGCAAGCGCGAGGAGCACCGGACCAGCAGACGCGAGGAGUCCCGCACCGGCAAGCGCGAGGAGCACCGGACCAGCAGGCGCGAGGAGCCCCGGACCAGCAGGCACGAAGAGCCCCGCACCGACAAGCGCGAGAAGCCCCACCCCAGCAAGCGCGAGGAGUGGCCUGAGGGAGGAAGGAGGGGGCGCACGGAGACGCGGAAGGAGGAGCCCAGUGAGCGGGCCUCGAAGCGGGCGUCCACGCGUUCGACGCGUACGGCCAAGGAAGAGGGGUCGUCGGCACGCACAAGGGGGAGGUCGACGGCGCGGCGAGGGGAUCAGCGGCCGACAGACCCACAGGUCGAGGAGCCGCAGCCAACGCCGGCCGAAACCGCGGUCAAAGAGCCGCAGACAACGCCGACCGAGACCGCGGUCAAAGAGCCGCAGGCAACGCAGGCCGACAUCGCGGAAGAUAACGCGGCCGCUGAGGCACGACGCCUCGCGGAAUGGCACCGGCGGUUCGCGCUGGCCGCGGCGGCGGAGGAGCGGAGACAACGGCGGGUAUGGGAGGAGGCCUUGACGCUGGCGAAGAGGCUGAAGGCCACGCAGGAGGCUGAAAAGGCGGCGCAAGAAGCGGAGGCGGAGCGCCACGAGCGAGACGAGGUGCGCUCCGCGGUGCGAGACGGCAUGAUGUGGCACGUGCAAACGCUGCACAUAUCGUGGGCCUCUGGGCCCGCGCCCCAGCAGCCCGGGCAAGAAGCGAGGGAGGCUCGACUGUGGGAGGAGGCACCACGCGCCAGUGACGAGCGGGACCCGAGGCGGCCGGCACGGCCACAGGAGUCGACAGGCCCAGCGGUGGCACCCACCGCCGAAGAGGUGCCCGAGGAGGCGCCCGGGAGGACGGCAGAGGUCGAGACGGAGGGCACGACGAACACGCCAACAUCACUGACGGCGGAGGGCCCAGCGGCGGCGCCCGAAGCCGAGGUGGCGGCCGACGGCGAAGCGGAUGACGGCGCGAGAGCAACGGCGGAAGCGAAGAAGGACGAGGCCGCGGAACAACACUCACCUGAGCCAUGGGAGAGAGACAACACAUCCGAUAGGCUCAAUAUCAGCUCCUCCUGA